UGACGGGUCGUCCCCCAAAUGGCGGCGGCAUUCGGCAGAUGGCCGAACGGCAGUGGACUGUCGCCCAUCAUGUCUCAUUGGCGCUCGGGGACUCUGCCAUGUAUCGCCGGACCCCAGAGUCGAUCCCCCAUGGCGAAGCGAUCCCCAGGCGAAGCCAAAAGUUCACUGCUGGUUUGCUUUUUCCCGUGGGUGGAGGAGGCUCUUAUUUGGUUGCCUAACUGCGGAGUCUGUGUCUGUUGGUUGAGAAAUUUGGUAUAUAACGACCGCAUUCCAACCUGAAGGUCGAUCACCAGUCCCUACAAAGGUACCGCUCAGGCCUAACAACAACAACAAUUUUGCAUUCUGUCCCCGCCGCAAAUCAUCAUGGUCGCGCUUCAGGGCCGUCUGGCCAAGUUCAACGUCGCCAACAGGCUGGAGAAGAAGGCUCUUCUCAACACCGUCUGCCUCGUGGCCGGCAUCUCCAUCUUCUUCUUUGGCUACGACCAAGGCCUCAUGGGCGGCGUGAACACCGCCCGCAACUAUGUCGAGCUCAUGGGAUUCGGCCACUGGGACGAGGAGGCUGGACUCGUCGUUAUCGACAACCCCGUCGAGCAGGGCUGGAUCAACGCCUGCUACUAUCUGCCCGGGACUCUGGUCGGCUGCCUGGUGGGCGGGUGGCUGGGAGACCGGUACGGACGCACAACGACGAUCGGCUGGGCGUGUAUCUGGGGGAUCGCCACGGCUGCUCUGCAGUCGGCAGCCCAGAGCUCGGAGAUGAUGAUUGUUGCUCGCGUCCUCAACGGUCUAGGCACAGGCGUUCUCAACGCGGUGACACCCGUCUGGGCCACCGAGACUGCAUCACACACCUCCCGUGGCCAGUUCGUCGCGUCCGAGUUCACGCUCAACAUAUUUGGCGUCGUGGUCGCCUACUGGCUGCAGUUCGGCCUGUCCAAGAUGCCCAACCAGCACUCGUCCUUCAUCUGGCGCUUCCCCAUCGCCUUCCAGAUCCUGCCCCUGAUCGCGCUCUUCAUCGUCAUCUGGUUCAUGCCCGAGUCCCCCCGCUGGCUCGUGCGCGUAGACCGCGUCGACGAGGCCCGCUUCAUCCUCCAGCGCCUCCGUGGGGCCGAGGGCGAGGAGGGCGAGGCCGCCGAGAGUGAGCUGCAGGACAUUAUCAACAUCCGCGACAUGGAGGAGGAGACAUCUAAGCAGCAGAGCUACCUGGCCAUGUUCUUCGGCAUCGGCUCCGGCAAGCUGCACACCGGACGCCGCGUCCAGCUCGUCAUCUGGCUCCAGAUCUUUCAGGAAUGGGUCGGCAUCGCCGGCAUCACCAUCUACGGGCCUACCAUCUUCACCAUUGCCGGCAUCAGCCCCGAGGAUCGCCUCUGGGUCAGCGGCCUCAACAAUAUCACCUACAUGUUCGCCACCCUCAUCUGCGUCUUCACCCUCGACAGGAUCGGCCGUCGCUGGACACUGUACUGGGGCGCCGCCGGCCAGGCGGUCAGCAUGUUUGCGGCGGGUGGCCUCGCGCGCGCCACCAUCAACGCGGCCGAGGGCAACAAGGCCGGCGUCGGCGGCGCGGCGACCUUUUUCGUCUUUCUCUACACCGCCAUCUUCGGCGCCACCUGGCUCACGGUGCCGUGGCUCUACCCGGCCGAGAUCUUCCCUCUGCAGGUCCGCGCCAAGGGCAACGCCUGGGGUGUCGUGGGCUGGUCCAUCGGCAAUGGCUGGUGUGUGCUUCUACUGCCGACCAUUUUCGACGCCCUGAACGAGAAGACGCUCUACAUCUUUGGCGCGGUCAACAUCGCCUGCAUCGUCAUCGUCUGGGCCCUGUACCCAGAGUCCAACCAGCGCACUCUGGAGGAGAUGGACUUGGUCUUUGCCUGUGACAGCAUUUGGACCUGGGAUGCCGAGAAGAACUUCAGCAAGAUCAAGGAGGAGAAUCCGGAGCUCGUCAUGGCCGCCAAGGCAGGGCAGCGAGUUGUUGACUUGGAGGGUCGCAGGGCUAGUCAUGUGAGCAAGAGGGACGUUACGUCCGAGUGAAGGCAUGCGGUUGACGUGAUAGAUGAAUGUUUUGCUCGUCUGUCAACGCUAUAUUAUUUAAGAAAAGAAAGUUGAAUCGCUUGCUGGUGUCUUGACCAGCUCACAUGUAUGCGUCCGCC